CCGGUCCCCUCCCUCCCUCGCUCGCCGCCAGCCCCGGCUCGCUCCCUGCCCACUCCCGGGGGGGACGUUCCGUGCCGCGGCCGCCGCUUCUUUCACACUUUAGUUGGGAGCCGCGCGCCGCGCUCAGUUACUGGAGAGAGCUGGCCGCGCGCCGCCGCCUCCAGCACGCACGCACCCGGGCAGGGCUUCGGGGGCUUCGGGGCUCUUACCCCCGGCCUCGGGAGGAGGGGGAGACCGGGACUCACCGUCGGGAGGAGGAGGAAGACAAGGAGGAGGAAGGAAGAAAACCCGUGAGGAGGACCGGGGCGGGGGGCGGGAGGCUUGCCACCUUCAGCCCCCCCGCGAGCGCCCAAGGUGCACCCAUCUUGACCGACUCAGCAAGAAGGUGGAUUUUCCCUGUGUCUAAAGAAAAACAACAUGUCCCUGUGUCUGUAGAGAUGAUUUGCAGUUCAGCCCGGCGGAAGCUGACCGAAUGAGACUAUGGGCUGUGCCUCUGCCAAGCAUGUUGCCACUGUUCAAAACGAAGAGGAAGCCCAGAAAGGAAAGAACUACCAGAACGGAGAUGUGUUUGGCGAUGAGUAUAGGAUCAAACCGGUGGAAGAGGUCAAAUACAUGAAAAAUGGGGCAGAAGAGGAGCAGAAAAUAGCAGCCAGGAACCAAGAAAACUUGGAAAAAAGUGCCAGUUCAAAUGUAAGACUUAAAACUAAUAAAGAGAUCCCAGGAUUAGUUCAUCAACCCAGAGCAAACAUGCACAUCUCUGAAAGCCAACAAGAAUUCUUCAGAAUGCUGGAUGAAAAAAUUGAAAAGGGUCGAGAUUAUUGUUCGGAAGAAGAAGACAUCACAUAGCACCAAUCCUACCAGUCAAACCGGGAGCUACUACUGUGUAAAUAGGUUACACCCCAGUUGAAAUCUUUGCAAAGGUUGGUUCUCUUCAGCGAACAGCACUAUAGCAAAAGAAGAUCGUUCCAUAUCGUAUGCCCCAUUAAAUUACAGUGUUUCUUAAUGAACUUGCAAAGGAAUAUUGCUAAAAACAAACAAAAACUGUUAUCGAACUUUCUUUGUUGCUGCUAGUUAAAACUUGUUGCAACUUUUCACUUCUCUCAGUGUCCAGGUCUGCAGCAAAAUUCUGCAAUUUCACCUUAAAGAUACUGUUGGUUUUACAGAUGCUCUCCAACCUAUUUUCUAAAAGAUGAGGUAGUGGUGAACUCAGAUAUCCAACUUCUGUUCUAGACUGGUUCCGCUUCUAAGACAAGCGCCUCCUUCCCCCUCCCUCCUCCCUGCCUCCCCCAGCAGUCCAGAGCCUUGCUUCUCACUGGCAGUGUUGUGCUUUGGAGAUGGGAUGGUUGCUAUGGCAAGCCUAGUUUCUCUGCUAAGAAGAAGUAGAGAUGCUAUUAUCAAUUCAAAGCAUGUCGUGACAUGACUCCUGGAAGUGACAUAGGAGCGAGCAGCAGGUGGUUUCAUUUCCUGGGUCUCUUAAUCAAAGAUCAAGCUUGCAACAUCAGUUUUGCUCAGAUGCAGACAGAAGUGUGAUCACAAUCAUUUUGAAUCCCUCUUGCCCACUUUUUUUUCUAAGAAAAUAAACAUUUUACUGUUUUUAUGUA